AACAGUUUGUAUUCGAUCCGCAUAUAAGUUUUAUCACCCGACCCUUUAAUUUCUCCCUUUGGAACCAUGACUAGAGGUGGAUCUGGACUUGCAAUGACCAUGAAGGAUUUGAUUGUCAGGAGGAAAAGCGCGAUAACUCCGAAAGCAAUAGUUGUGGGACGUAGUAUGAGCAAGUUGUCCGGAAAGAUUGAUGAUCAACGAGAAGUGCAAUCAUUUAUGCAUAAGGUACACGGACAAGAGAGCGAAUACGAGGAACAUGAACAAAACUGUUGGAUUCCGCAUCCUCGUACCGGGAUAUAUUAUCCGAAAGGUUACGAAUGGGUAAUGGAGGAUGUUCCUGAUGGCGCUGCUUCCUUUCCUCACAAUUAUUGGUUCAGGAACACUGAUAUCGAAGUCUGAUAUUUUUUUCUAUACAUGAAAUAUGCUACUUCAACCUUAAUUAUAGCCAACGCCUAGACUACAAAAAAUGUAUACUUUAAUGUAUUAAUUUUUAAGUCAUUCAGUAAAAAGAUAUAAUGGUAAUAAAAUAAGUGACACCUGAAAUGUAUUUAUCUUAAUGAGCGCAUUACGAAUAAAACGUUACUUGUGUUAUAUACCUUUAAACCCCGUUUAUUUAUAGUUUUUAUUAAGUAUUAACACUUGUAAUAAACUGCGGA